GUAUGGCAACAAAAGGUGGUCCAGGGAGGGAGGAAUCGCUUUCAGUGUCAGGAGGAGCGUCUCCACACACCACGCUUCCACUCUGAAGAAGUCGGACCGGCCCACUGGGCGCUUUUAUCUGGAUAGUUUGUGUCUCUUUCCACAGUUUGUUAUGGAGCUUUUACCGGAGGACAAUCUCAAGUCCAACCUGCUCCUGCUGCUGUUGCUGCUGCACCUCUUUGUCGGGAGUUUUGCAGCUGACUGCCCCAAACCGGAAGUUGGAGAAAAUAUGGUUCUCAGUGAGGCAGCCCUCCUAAAAAAUGAUUUCCCAGAGGGUUCUAAGGUCUUGUUAGAGUGUGCCAGAGGAUAUGAAAAAGCAAGCGGCUCUGGGACCAUAGACUGCGUUGAUAACAAGUGGACUGAGCCAGAUCUCAACUGCAAGAAGAUGGACUGUGGUCAGCCCAAACCAGAGCCACACAUGUCCUUUAAUACCAGUGGUGGUACUGUAUUUGGAUCAAGAAUCAAAGUAAUCUGUGAAGAAGGUUAUUGGAUUUUAGGAACCAGCUUCAAACAUUGUUAUGCAACUGGGUGGUUUGGAAAAGCAACGUGUCAAAUUUUUACCUGUCCCAAGCCCGCCGAAGUGAAAAAUGGGAAAAAUUCUUGGAUUGCUGACACAGAACCAGAAUAUGGACAAGUGAUAAAUUUCACAUGUAACGAGGGAUACGUGCUGUCUGGGAGUAAAAACAUUACGUGUGGCAAGACCAAAUAUGAUUCUCCGCCCCCACAAUGCAUUGGUGCGACCACAGAAGACAACAUUAAAACUUCAAUUAUAACAUCUGCUACUGCAACAACACAACAAGAAAGAACCACUGCUUCUCCCAGCGCCACAACUGUCGUAGCGCGGAUAUUCACCAGCAUCUCAACGCCACAACAAGGUGACAAAUUUAUAACAUUUGAGAAAAAAGCUCCCAGAACCAGUGAACCGUCAUCUACAACCACGUCAUUAAAAGACCAAACUGUGGAGACUUUAAAUAUACAUAAGGAUAAAGGAUAUGCAGCUGUUAUUAUCAGUGUGGUGGUUGUUACAACAGUUGUCUGCAUAGUUGCAUUCUUUUUAAACAAGUUCCUUAUGAAAAGAAAAGGCUAGGUUGGAAGUGGACCCAUGUAUUAGGACAUCUAUCGCAGACGAAGGACUGCCAGACUCCUAAUGCCUUACCAAGCCGUGACCAAAAUAAGGGGCUCCCUUUCAUAACUCUUAUUUUUGCACUGUUUAUAGAAGAAGGCUAAACCUGAUAAUUAUUAAUGUUUUGUGCCAAAUCAUAAUAAUUACAAGCACUUUUUUAUAAUUCCCUUUGUGUAUAAAAUUAUUGUAAAUACUUUUUCACUUAAGGAUAUUUUUUUGUAUUUACUAUUUAUGUUGUAAGCAUUUUUUUACUUGUGCUAUAAAUUAUUUGAAAUAUUGUAAAAACAAUUGAGUUUGAAGUUCUUGGGACAUCUUAAGCCUGUGGGUCUCCAGGUUUUCUUUUUAUGUGCUGUUUUAUCAGGACAGAGACAUCAUUCAUGUUAUCCAGGAAGUACACAAUGGGGAUAAUUCAGUUUACAGUCUGCAUUGGAGGCUGGUGAAGAUACUAUCUGCUCUUCGCCUCCUGACUUGACUUUCUUUUCAUCAUUGUUUAUUGUUCAGGGUUUUUUUUCUUUUCUUUUUUUUACUCUCCAGAACAACAGGAAACCUUUUCAUGUAGAGAUAUUCAAAGGCAUCUUCAAAAUGAAAUAUUUUUAGAAAAUAA